UUGGUUUCCGGCCCUGUUCUGGAGGCUCUGAGCGAUUUGAUUCCUGGAGACGAGCUGGGCACGUGGAGAGGCUGGUGGACCGCGCGACCUCGCUCUCCCCAGCCCCAUGUUCGAGGAGCCGGAGUGGGCCGAGGAGGCCCCAGUAGUCGCGGACCUCGGGUCUGUAGCCUUGCGGCCUCGGACCACGGCCGACUCGCAAAUCAAGGGCUCCAAGCGCCGUCAGCUCUUGGCCACAUUACGGGCCCUGGAGGCAGCAUCUCUUCCCCAGCAGCCCCCCAGUCUGCCUGGCAGUGACGAGGAGGACGAGGAGGAGGUGGUGGAAAGAAAGAAGAAACGCCCAAAAAAGGUCUUGUUUGCCAGCGCUUCUCCUGAAGUAGAGAAGAAAAGGAAGAAGAAACGUCAAAAACAGGGCCCACCUAGCAGUGACUCCAAGGAAGAGGAAGUGGAAAGGAAGAAGUGCCACAAAGGGGCUCUUCUUGGCAAUGACUUUGCUGAAGAAGAGAAAAGAAAGAGGAAAUGCCAGAAACAGGACCCUUCAAAUCCUGCCCAGCCCCUGGACAAUGUUGACCGAACUGGUUCCAAAGCUUGGAAUUCUAGUGCUGCAAAUGACUCCACCAAGCCAAGCCCUGAGACCCCUUGCUCUAAUCCUCCGCAUUCCUUGAGUCGCAAGCAGUGGCGGAACCGGCAGAAGAACAAGCGUAGACAGAAGAACAAGUUUCGGCUUCCUCAGCCACCAGAGCAGGCCUCAGUCACAGCCGCCGCAGAGGAGACAGAGGUGCCUCCUGCCCCCAGUCCAGACAGCCAUGGAGCCCGGGCGGAGGCUCUGCGAGCCCGCAUGGCCCAGCGGCUGGAUGGUGCCCGGUUCCGCUACCUCAAUGAACAGCUGUACUCAGGGCCCAGCAGUGCUGCACAGCGCCUCUUCCAGGAAGACCCUGAGGCCUUUCUCCUCUACCACCGUGGCUUCCAGAGCCAAGUCAAGAAGUGGCCACUGCAGCCAGUGGACCGCAUUGCCAGGGAUCUUCACCGGCGGCCUGCGUCCCUGGUGGUGGCUGACUUUGGCUGUGGGGACUGCCGCCUGGCUUCAAGUAUCCGGAACCCUGUGCACUGCUUCGACUUGGCCUCUCUGGACCCCCGGGUCACUGUGUGUGACAUGGCCCAGGUGCCUCUGGAGGAUGAAUCUGUAGAUGUGGCUGUGUUCUGCCUUUCACUGAUGGGAACCAACAUCAGAGACUUCCUAGAGGAGGCAAAUCGAGUGCUGAAGCCAGGGGGUCUCCUGAAAGUGGCUGAGGUCAGCAGCCGCUUUGAAGAUGUUCGGACCUUUCUGGGGGCUGUCACCAAACUGGGCUUCAAGGUCAUCUCCAAGGACCUGACCAACAGCCACUUCUUCUUGUUUGACUUUCAAAAGACUGGGCCUCCUCGGGUCGGGCCCAAGGCUCAACUCUCAGGCCUGAAGCUCCAGCCUUGUCUCUACAAGCGCAGGUGACCUCUGGACCCCCCUUGAAAGGGGAGGCAAGUCUUGAACUCCAGGCUCAGUACUCUGAAGACUGUAUCCAGCCAGGCUGUGACCCGGGGCCUGGUACCACCCUUACUCCAUCCCAAGAACAAAAUGUAAUGAAACCCCUGGCUCAGCCCUGCUCUAAUGAAGGCUUCUUGGUUCCAGGAAGCAUAAAGUCAUUUGGGCUAGCUAAAGAAUAAGGAGUUUAUUGUGAGGGCGCAGGAGUAUCUGGGAAUUGUGGAUCCCCUCAGUGUCAUGGAAACGACAUGGUUUGGAAUUCAAGGCAUCUCUGGGUUUGGCUCCUCUUUCCAUCUCUCAGGAGCCACGUGGGCUUUCUGUCCUAGCAUCUCCACUCUCCUCUAUUCUGUUUUUCCUGUUUGCGCACCAGCUCCUUCUGCUUACCCAUAGCUUCUGCAGCUUUGGUCUGCCCAGGCCUUGAAGGCCUGGGGCAGGCAUUGCUUCUUGGCUCUGGGGCAGCUGGUAGCCCGCCAACAUCUUGGCUGAGCACAUCAGUCUGGGCUUCUAGGUCAGGAUGGUUUGAUUGUCCCUGUACUGAGUGCUUCUUGCCCCUGAUCCUCAUCUCCAUCUUGGGAGCUGUAUGGCCCAAACUACUCCUAGUCUCUAUUGUCCCGUAGGGCCCUGGUGUGUGUCUGGCUGAGGGCACAGAUUUUGGAAUCAGGUAGGCCUGCCACUGAUUGCUGAGAGUCUUUUAAUCUUUGAAUGUCAUAUUACUCAUUUGGAAAAUGGUAGGAUUCUUGUCUCAUGGGAUUGUUGUGUGGUGUGGGUUAAUGAGGAAAUCUGUAGCUAGGGCUGGGUGCACAGGAGGUGCACAAUAAACUGUAGCUGUGGCUGAUGUGUGUUGUAAGCGUUACUGUUUUUUAAAGACCUUCUCCAGGCAGGGUUAGGGGUUGAAGAGUAAAGAACGGAUUUGUUGACAGAGGAAGACUGGGAGAGCUCAAGAUAGGCCUUUCAACAGGCUUACUUUAUAGGAUUUUUAGAGAUUCUUGACAGAUUGUGAGCUGUUCUUGGAGGGGGGGUGGUGCAGGAGCUGGGUCUCUUCAUAAAUCACAACUGAUUGAUGCUAUUUGGGGUGGAGAUUGGGGUGUUCAUUGUCAGAAGGGUCUGUCUGUUGUUUCUGCCUUGUAGUGGGCCCAAAUCAGCAUGUCCUAGGAAAGCUAUGGGCAGGGAAGGCUAGUGCUGGGAGAAGAUGAACUGAGAUGAUAGGUCCUUGGCCUCUUCCAGAAGGCAUCUGCCAUGGGCCCAGGUAUAAAGAUAUAGCCUGUUCUCCCUAUUUCAAAGAACAAGAACUGAGAGUGACCACUGGGACACAGGUUCCGGGGCUCUGAGGCAGUUGGGUGCCUCCAGUAAGGUGGGUGUUUUGAGGCAGGCUGUGUAGGCCAGAGGGCAUGUUUGGAGGCUGGGCUAUGAACCAUCCAGCAGAUACUGCUCAGUACCUUUGCAUGUGCUUCUCUCUGCUGAAUACUCAUCUGAUUGGCAGAGUCUUACUCAUCCUUCCAAACAGCCUAGUUGUUUCCUACUCCAUUACUCCCAAAGCAGAACUAACCUCUUCAUCCGCACUCUCAGAGUGCUACGUGAAGAGUGCAAUUUCAGCACUUAAAUACUGUGUGGCAAUUGCUUUGUGCAUUAGGCUGCAGUCUUCUCGACUCAUAUUUAUCUUUGUAUUCCCGAGCUGGUCACUUGAGAUCCAUCUAAGGAGGUGAGAAGGAUGACAGGGUCCAGUUGAGUGGGACCGAUGAGAAGCAGGGGUGUUGCAGGAACCCAGGUUCGGGCACAUGAUGAGGGCAUUGUGAACCAGUGACGGUGGAAUAGGCGGAGGCGGUUGGGAGAGCUUCAGUGAGUAGAACCGGUGGGACAUUGCGGCUUGGUGAGAGAAAGGAAUCUGAAGCAAGUCUUGGGUUUCUGGCUUGAGCAACUGGUUGGGCUGGUGAUGCUAUUCAAAAGGUUGGGUUUUUGGUACCUAGAUGUUCAUUUGGAAGUGGGACAGAAACUCAGCAACGAGAGGAGGUAAUUCAAGUCAUAGGUAUAGAUAAGAUAUCCAAAGUAAGAUAAUGAGAAGAGAAAAUGGCUUGGAAUAGAACUCUCAGGAGCACUUAAUGGAUGAGUAAAGGAAAAUGAACCAAUAAAGGGGACAAGAAGAGAAGGUGGGGUCAGAGAUGGAGGAGUAAAACCAGGAGAAUGGAUUUCUUAAUGUGGAAGGAGUGGGGAGGUUUCUGGCUGUUAGAUGCUGUUGAAAGGUCUAUUAAGAUGAGAGAGAGGUCAGAUCGCAGCGGGGAGAGGAUUGCUGCAUAAUGUUGAGGGCCUGGGGUUUGAAUUUAUAGUGGUAUUAUUCAUGAAUUUAUAGUGAGCCCAAUCAGCCCAAUGCUGUGGUUAUCUCUGCCUACUCAGGAAUCUAGGUGUAGCUGUGGAAAAAGUGAGUACUGAGGGAUCAUCCAGAGUUGGAAACUUGCCAUGCAAUUGAAAUAAAUAAGCAAAGGAAUUUCAUUCGUAAGUAAGUAAGUGAUUGCUAUGCUGGACCAUGGAAUUUGGUAGAACAGGUGAGUGGAGUAAAGACAGGAGUAGGUUGUUGCAUUGGGGGUAACUGAACAAGUAACCUGGAAGGAUGGGAGACUGUGGUCAGAAACUGGAAUGCGUGAAUAAUUCAUAUUGGAAGCAGAGCAGCUCCAGGCAAUGGCCAAGUUUAGAGUGUAGUUAUAGGGGUGAGUGCCUGAGAGGUGUGCAAGGGAGGUUGCCAGGAGAUUGGUUAAUGCAUGGAGGCCUCAGGUAUUGAGAGAGGUUCUGCGUGGACUUUGAAGUUCUCCAGUAUGAUGGUAGACAUAAGCAUGGAACAGGUGCCAACCUCUUGAAGAAGGGGGCAGAACCAGGAGAUCUGCAAAGAGUAGGAGAGGCGGGAUAGCAUGAAUUUCAAAGGGACAGAGGGUUCACACAGCCUACUAGAGAGACUUCCAUCUUGGAUCUUGGGGGUGAUGUGAGGCUGGUGAGUGGAGCUGGCUGCCAGGCAGCCAAGACAAAAUACCCUGACAGUCCUCUCCAGCUUGGCGGGAUUCACUGGGGAUUGUUGGGGAGACAACUGUUAUGGCAGCUCCAUGGGACAGGAAUCUCCUGGGAUAACAGGGAGGCAAGCCAUAAAGUCUAAGGGACGUUUUGGAGGAGCAGGGCAUCUGUCUCACUGUAGGACACACAUCACCUUUUUAUAGCUCCAUAUCUCUGUUUCCCAAGUGUUAUUUAUAUUCCUAGAUCUUGAUUAAUUUUCCCUGCUUUAUUAUUAUGCUCAGCAGGACAGCUGGGGUCUGCCUUCCUCCCUCUUUUGCUUUCCUCCCUUACUUAAAAUUUGGAUUCUUUCUUUGCCUGUUCUGGCUCCAGCCACCUAUAUAAACAUCUUUCUGGGUCUGACUCAGGCCCCCGGCUCCCCCUAACUCAGCCAAGCCUCUAUCUGUGUUUCUAUCAAUUCUGAAAGCAGGACUUUCCUGAGUCUGGGUCCUCCCUGCUCCAUCAUCAGCUUCAGGAAAAGCUGUUCUUCAAGUCCAUGCCUGGGCUUCAGUGUCUAAUGUUGAGAGCCUAGACUGAAGAGAGAACAAUAUAUAUUUCUUUAAGAAAUAACAGCAUGCCAGCUGUUUAAGGAACAAUGAGAUCAGUUUAAGGAACAAUUGGAGAACAGAAUGAAGGAGUGCAGUCAUAGUAAGAGGUAAACAGGAGUGGGAAAGAGUGUAACUGGAGAUUCCACUGGGAGCAUUUGGGAAGCUUGAGGUAUUUAUUCCUAAAGCCAAGAAAUGGUGAACCUGGAAUCUGACUCCUGCCCUGGAAAUGCAGAGGGCAAACAGAGAUUCAUUAACUGUUUCAGGGGUGGAGCCAGGGGAGUGCUGCUGCUUUUGCAUUGGCCUGUGUUCCCAGAAUUUGCCGUGGUAAGCCAUGCAUGAGUGUAUCCUUUGCACCUUGCAGGAGAGGGAAGCGUCAGCUGGUCUUGAGUCCUGUCCGGUAGGACCAUUUGAAGAGGCAAGGAGACCUCAGCACAAAGAAGCUAGGAGUGUGCCA